CCUUCCUCCUCUCCGGGCUCUCCCUCCUUCCCUCCCUCCCCUCUCCCCACUCGGAGCUCCUCUCCCUCGCCCACACUUUCUUUCUCACACACGCUCGCAGACGCAUUCUCCCUCUCCGCGCCCUCUGCCUCGGUCUCCCCGUCCCCCUCUUUCUCUUUCAGUUUUGCAUGCCCCGCAACCUUUUAAAAUGUUGCCCCUUCCCUGUGAUUCGCCAGGCGCCGCGCUGCGGCCCCCCGCGCGCUCGCCCGCUCCCUCUCUCGCCCGCUUUUUGUCUCUCGCGCUCCCUCUCCCCACCUCCGAUUUGCCACACUGAGACUCCCGUCAAUGGACUGCAUUGAGAGCCGGCUCCGGCGCGAGUUGCCUCUCCGCUUCACGCUCGAUUUCCAGGCAUUCUUCCCUUAUUAAGUAUUCGUGUAAUAUUAAUAGUCAUGAAUAUCUGCUAUUAGGAGGCUCCGGGAACGCUGGCCCGCGCGGUUAUUAGAAGCUCAAGUGAAGCCGCCGCUAAGAAAAGAGGGGGAGACACGGAUUAAGGAACACGCACGCGCGCACACACACUCACACACACUUUUUGCCUUUUUGGGUUUUUUUUCUUUUCUUUUUCAAAAAGAACUUUUGACUUAGAAUCGAUCACGGCAGGAUAGAGCCCGUGAAUUGGUACCAGCGGAAGGCGCCGAGCGACUCGGUGGUUCAAGUUCGGAUGGAGCCGAGCGGGUCCCCCGCGCUCGCGGGAGCGUCUGCGCGGUGACUGGAGUCCGAGGUGGCGCGGGGAUCGCGGCGCCUUUUGUGUUGGGGCGCGCUCGGGCGGCGGGGCAGCCCCACACUCCACCCAGGCUUGCUUGGUGGUUGUUGGUUUUUAUUUUUUCCAUCCUGACUGGUUACCCCAGACUCUUCGCAGAUGUUAGUUCACAGUUUUUCAGCUAUGGACCGUCACGACGGCACCAGCAACGGGACGGCACGGUUGCCCCAGCUGGGCACUGUAGGUCAAUCUCCUUACACCAGCGCCCCGCCGCUGUCCCACACCCCUAAUGCCGACUUCCAGCCCCCCUACUUCCCCCCGCCCUACCAGCCUAUCUACCCCCAGUCGCAAGAUCCUUACUCCCACGUCAACGACCCCUACAGCCUGAACCCCCUGCACGCCCAGCCCCAGCCGCAGCACCCGGGCUGGCCCGGCCAGAGGCAGAGCCAGGAGUCUGGGCUCCUGCACACGCACCGGGGGCUGCCCCAUCAGCUGUCGGGCCUGGAUCCUCGAAGGGAUUACCGGCGGCACGAGGACCUCCUGCACGGCCCCCACGGGCUCGGCUCCGGUCUCGGGGACCUCCCGAUCCACGCCUUACCUCACGCCAUCGAGGAUGUCCCGCAUGUAGAAGACCCGGGUAUUAACAUCCCAGAUCAAACUGUAAUUAAGAAAGGCCCCGUGUCCCUAUCCAAGUCCAACAGCAACGCCGUCUCCGCCAUCCCCAUUAACAAGGACAACCUCUUCGGCGGCGUGGUGAACCCCAACGAAGUCUUCUGUUCAGUUCCGGGUCGCCUCUCGCUCCUCAGCUCCACCUCGAAGUACAAGGUCACGGUGGCGGAAGUGCAACGGCGCCUCUCACCGCCCGAGUGUCUCAACGCGUCGCUGCUGGGCGGAGUACUGCGGAGGGCGAAGUCUAAAAAUGGAGGAAGAUCUUUAAGAGAAAAACUGGACAAAAUAGGAUUAAAUCUGCCAGCAGGGAGACGUAAAGCUGCCAACGUUACCCUGCUCACUUCACUAGUGGAGGGAGAAGCCGUCCACCUAGCCAGGGAUUUUGGGUAUGUGUGCGAAACUGAAUUUCCUGCCAAAGCAGUAGCUGAAUUUCUCAACCGACAACAUUCCGAUCCCAAUGAGCAAGUGACAAGAAAAAACAUGCUCCUGGCUACAAAACAGAUAUGCAAAGAGUUCACAGACCUGCUGGCUCAGGACCGAUCUCCCCUGGGGAACUCGCGGCCCAACCCCAUCCUGGAGCCUGGGAUCCAGAGCUGCUUGACUCAUUUCAACCUCAUCUCGCACGGCUUCGGCAGCCCGGCCGUGUGCGCCGCAGUCACGGCCCUGCAGAACUAUCUCACCGAGGCCCUCAAGGCCAUGGACAAAAUGUACCUCAGCAACAACCCCAACAGCCACACGGACAACAGCGCCAAAAGCAGUGACAAAGAAGAGAAACACAGAAAGUGAGGCUCUGCCCCCGCCCAGCUCCCCCCUCCCCCCUCACCAGCCCUCAGACGUCCUCCCUUCCCCACUCUUUCCCCCACCCCCCACCUGGCAGGUGACAGCCCCUGGACCGGUCACCCCAACUUCUGCUGCUACCGCUGCGCGCUGAGCUGCUGCCGCCCUGCGACCCCAGAAGCCUCGGGACUGCUCUCUCCACAGCCAGUGGGGCAGCCGCUGCCCACGCAGCUCCCCCUGCCUCGACUUCCCCAUCAGCACCAACACCCCCUUGCCCUCCUGUGGAGCCUAAGAGAACAGAACAGGCCGCGAAGCCAGCAAAGAAAAGUUCUGUCCAGUUUGUCAACCUUUCCCCCACGCCCUUCUUUUUUCUUUUUAAAGAAAACCCAACAGAUCAUCAUCAACAGACAUUUAAAACUUUUUUUCUAAAAAAAAAGACAUAUUAAAUUAAAAAAUUAUAUGAGCUUCAUGGGACUGAAUCACCAACUUCCCUUAUAUACUUCAGUUCAGAUUGUAGCCAUAUUUUAAAACACACACACACACACACACACACACACACACACACACACACCAAGGCAAAGAGCAUCAUGACAUUUUUAUCAGUAUUGUGAAUAAACUUGAACACAAACACAAGAAGUUCUAUCUCCUGUUUUCAGUUAUAGAAGUUUUCCCUCUGUAAGGUAAAGCGACCAACUUGAACUCUCUGGCAACACGAUUCACAGCUCUAGAGGACCAGUGUUCACGUCUCUGUAUAUAUUUAUUUAUGUGUAAUUUAAUGGGAUUUGUAAAUAUGGUGAGUCUGUUUUAAGCCUUUUUUUUAUUUAUCUGGUGAUCUUGUUUACCUCUUGUUUAGUGGGUUUUGAAUCUUAUUAGUUCUUCAUGUGGCUCAUGGUACUUACUUAGAAAUCCAAGAUUGAGGGGGGGAAUAUCUUUCCCCUCCUGGGAUUCAUUUAGCUUUCUUGUAGCAUGUUAAAGAGACAAUGAAACAACUGAACAGAUUUUAAAAAAGUAAAAUAAAAUUUUAUAUAUAAUUAGUAUUAUACAUUUAGCUUUCCAUUGAACUGAAAGACAAAAUGUGAUAUUGGAACCUGGAAAGAUUUUUAAACUUAAGUGGUUUGCUAACCCUUCUAUGUAUUGUGGGGAGAAAAAGUUUAUUUUAUUCCACUAUGCUCCCUUAAAAGCAUCAUUUGAGCAAUAAAUGAAUAUUGUCUUUAAACCAAGGGUUAGGGAUUUUUCCCCUCUCUUUCUCCUUCUCUCUCUCUCUCUUUUUGUUCAAAGAACUUCAAACAUUUGGGACCACCUGGUAUUCUGUAUUUUUCACUGGCCAUAUUGGAAGCAGUUCUAGUUGUAUUGUAUUGAGUUGUGCUGGCAGUAGUUUUCAUGCCUGUCAAUGUAUCAUAGUUCUUUGUUGCCCAGAUAAAUAAAUAUUUGAUACGCUUUA